UCCUAUUGUCCAUAAUUACAAUCAUUUACCUAAUUAAUUAGCAAAAAUCUAACAACCCCACCUCACACUUUGUUUCUUUCUUGUCCAUUUUCCUCUUCCUCUUUCUCUAAUGAGUUAUUUUCCUCAUUUGAUUCUUUUUCACUAGAUCUGGCAUUUUCUUGGCAGCUCAAUUGAAAAUCUUGAAAUGAAAGUUUGAAUUUUUGCUGCUAAUUAAGCAAUUGCAUAUUGGGUAAAAUCAAUUCAGAGGAGUUACAGUAAUGGGGUAUUUGAAUUCAGUAUUAUCAUCAUCUUCUAAUCAAGUUCAUGCUGAUGAUGCGCCUGUUAGUGGUGGUGGUCUAAGUCAGAAUGGGAAGUUCAGCUACGGAUACGCUAGCUCUCCGGGAAAAAGGUCCUCCAUGGAGGAUUUCUAUGAGACAAGAAUUGAUGGUGUAGAAGGAGAGGUAGUUGGUCUCUUUGGAGUGUUUGAUGGUCAUGGGGGUGCUCGGGCCGCAGAAUAUGUGAAACACAACCUUUUCAGCAACCUGAUAAGGCAUCCAAAAUUUAUAUCAGACACCAAAUCAGCAAUAGCCGAUGCAUACAGCUAUACAGACUCUGAGUUUCUGAAAUCAGAAAACAAUCAGCACAAAGAUGCUGGAUCGACUGCUUCCACUGCCAUCCUUGUAGGUGAUCGUUUACUGGUUGCAAAUGUUGGUGACUCCAGAGCUGUUAUCUGCAGGGGAGGCACAGCUAUUGCUGUUUCUCGAGACCACAAGCCUGACCAAACAGAUGAGCGACAGCGCAUUGAAGAUGCUGGAGGUUUUGUGAUGUGGGCAGGUACCUGGAGAGUUGGAGGUGUACUUGCUGUUUCCCGUGCGUUUGGCGAUAGACUUUUAAAGCAAUAUGUUGUUGCUGAUCCAGAAAUACAGGAAGUAAAGGUUGAUGGCUCUCUUGAAUUUCUUAUCCUUGCAAGUGAUGGACUCUGGGAUGUUGUGACGAAUGAGGAGGCUGUGUCGAUGGUUAAGCCGAUCCAAGAUCCUGAGGAAGCAGCAAAGAGGCUGAUGCAGGAAGCAUAUCAAAGAGGAAGUGCAGAUAACAUCACCAUUGUGGUUGUCCGUUUUCUGGGUAACCAAGAGGGUUCCUCUCGUGGUGUCUCGGCUUAAGAAGUAAUUGCUCAAUUGCCACUUCUAAUCUGUGGUAAUAGAAGACAAGAAAAACUAUAGGACAUUACGUAAAUAUUGAAUAUAGAUAGACUUAUGCGAUUGUGAUGUAAGAAACCUUUAGAAGACAUUGUCAAACUCCAGCUUCUCUAACUUGUAAGAAAUGAUCAAGAGUGAACCUGGCACAGUCGAUCCGCAAUUUGUUGCUGUUUUGUCUUCAAUUUAACACUACGCUUCCACUCACCUGUUGCAUACUGUAGCUUGCUGAGAAUGAAUAUAGAAUGGUGAAACUCUUCCAAUUGUCUA